AUGCCGGGCGUGGGGGCGAUCGGGGCGCGGUGCAGGCACCGGCCGCGCAGGAGCCCCAGGAAAAGCCCCAAGGCAGAGCCGGGCCAGGCCGGGGCCGCCAUGGACGCGGCGAUCUGGAUCUACCAGUUCCGGCUGAUCGUGCUGGGCGACUCCACCGUGGGCAAGUCCUGCCUCUUGCACCGCUUCACCGAGGGCCGCUUCCCGGGGCCGCUGCACUCCGACCCCACCGUGGGAGUGGACUUCUUCUCCCGGCUGGUAGAGAUCGAGCCCGGCAAGAGGGUCAAGCUACAGCUCUGGGACACGGCGGGACAGGAGCGGUUCAGAUCAAUAACACGCUCUUAUUAUCGCAAUUCUGUGGGUGGCCUACUAGUAUUUGACAUCACAAAUCGACGAUCUUUUGAACAUGUGAAGGACUGGCUGGAAGAAGCAAAAAUGCACGUGCAGCCCUUUCAGAUUGUGUUCCUAUUAGUAGGACACAAAUGUGACUUAGUGUCACAGCGCGAGGUUACAAGAGAAGAAGCUGAAAAACUGUCAUCUGACUGUGGUAUGAAAUACAUAGAAACUUCAGCAAAAGAUGCCACAAAUGUUGAAGAGUCCUUUACAAUUCUUACACGAGAUAUCUAUGAACUCGUAAAAAAUGGAGAAAUCUCAAUACAAGAUGGAUGGGAAGGUGUCAAGAGUGGCUUUGUUCCAAAUGUUGUACAUUCAUCAGAAGAAGCUGUAAAGCCCAGGAGACAGUGCAUCUGCUGAGUUUGUAGCAUGCCAAAGAGCCCAUGGGGUGUUUAGAAGAUGAUGCCAAUCUAAAUGACAGAAAAAUAAUUUUGAAACAAUAUUAGAUCAUGGCAUAGCUGAAUCACAGAACGGUAAUUUGGUUUUGUAUCCUUCUGUCUAGGUUAUAAUCCAUAACACUUUAAGUGCUUUUUUUCCUUUACAGAGUACAAUAACUUUGUGUGGUCUUCAGGAAAAUAAAUUAUAUAUUGCUAAAGGGAAACCUAGUUCUAUAGCAAGACACUGAGAAAGUGCAAUAAUUAUCAUGACAGCAUCUUUGCUUGGGCUUUGUAUUUUGAACACUGUUUAAGUUCAAGUCUUAUUAGAUGAGGAUCAGAUGAGUUCAUUACUUUUGUUCAUCCUGCCUUAGCUUUGGACAAGAAAAUAUUAUACCUUAUACUUUUUUCAUGUGAUUCUUUACUCAAGUGCAGGGUUGCUAAUGACCAUUAAAGUUAGAAUGCUGUAGAAUUUGAUAAUAAAGAUAACUCUAAGGAAAGCAAACUGAAAGAUUGCUCCAAUAGCAAACACUUUUGAUAUGACAAUGAGUACAAGCCUUACUAAAGAAAAAGAAUGUUUUAGAAAAGAUGAUUUAUUUGUAUACAAAAAUGGGGAAUAGAAACAUGGAAUUUAUUAUUAAAUAUUUUCUGAAUUGCCAAUGAAACUAAACAUAACAUCACAUAUGAUCCAGCUGUUAUUUGACUUGUGUACAAAACAGCUUUCCCAACCACUGGAGUUACAUUUCAGCGGCCAGAUCCUCAGCUGGGUAAUUAUCAUCAUCACACUGAUGCCUACAGAAUUACCUUAAUUUACACAAACAAAUUCCAUAUUAGCUUUAAAAAUAAACCUACUUCUAACUAGAAGUAAAAAAAAAAAGUAAGAAAGUGCUGCAACCCAUGGGAACCCAGGCCUUAAAUUUGAAGAGCAAGGACAGUUUUAUUCUUAGCCAGCAAAUGUUAAACAGUUAUUUAAAAAUGGAAGGUUUUAAACUAAAACUGUUACAAAUAGAGCAUUUGGAGAGGAAAGAAUUUCUAAAAUAAUGCUUAUCUACAGAGAGCAAAGUAAGAGAACUCCUAUUCUAAGACAGAAUUCCAUAAUAGCUUUUAAU